AUGGCUUUUCGUGGAUCCUUUGACCUUCUUCCGGGCCCUCCUCCCUCCGCCUUCUUCUCAGGCCGCGAUGACCAGAGGACGGCGGAGUUCGACGACGCCUACCUCCGGGCCAUCGGUAAGCUUCCACCUGUCCGCUUCGCUUCCAUCCCCGCCCACCACGCCGCCGCACUCCACGACUCCAUCGAGCUCCCGGCGACGUGCGAGCUGUACGCUGCCGCAUUGGACUUCAGCGCCCACCUUUCAUACCCGGCCGUCGAGGUCACCGACUUCGAGAGCUCGACGCGGCUGUCCGACUACGACGCCGACAUCGACGUCAACCUCCGGAAGAUGGAGCUGGACGUCAACCAGCGGCCCUCGCCAGGCUACCUGGAUACGCUGCUGGGAGAUCUCAAGAGCCAGUCCACUCGCGCCCGCCUCAUCUUCUGGAUGGAGGACGUCGCCCAUCACUUCCGCUUGGCCGCCGGGACGCUUCAACGCGCCGUCUCCUACGUCGACCGCGUCCUGUCCGAGCGGACCCUGUGGCUGACUGACACGGAGAUGGAGUAUGCGCUCCAUCUUCUGGGCGCCACGGCCGUCUACACCGCCGCCAAAUACGAGGAGCACUGCACAAUAUCCAAGGUGAACGCCGCGGGCAUCGCCAAAAGCUGUGGGUUCGCCACCGGCUUGGAGGUGAUCGACAUGGAGUUCGACAUGGUGGCGGCGCUGGGGUACGAUCUCAGCGGACCCACGGCUUAUACCUUCGUGCACCACUUCACUAGGCACGACAAAGGAGGAGAGCAAGACUUGGAGGUUCAGCGGUUGGCACAUCUCUUCGCCAAACAGUCGACCCUCGACUACAGAUGGGUGCGUCACCCGCCGUCCGCCCUGGCGGCGUCGGCGGUCUUCCUCGCCAAGCUGAUCCUGAACCCGGUGGCCAGCCAGGUGCCGCAGUGGAACGCAGACUUCGAGGAGCUGACGGGGUACAAGCCCACGGAUCUCACCCUCGAAAUUCAGACGAUGCACAGGAUGAAUCCCGAUCCUCGCUUCCGUGCGUUGCCAGCGUUCUUGCACGACGAGUAG